GCUUGUCAGGAACCUCGUCACUUGGACGGCACUUAUCUCCGCUUAUUCUCAAAUGGGGCUCUCGGAGAAAGCCUUGAAUUACUUCAGAUUGAUGGUUCUGGAUGAUGGGAUUACUCCGAAUGAUUAUACUUAUGUUGCUGCUAUCUCAGCUUGUGCUCGAGUAGGGGCUUUGAGAAAUGGAAAAGAGAUACACGGAAGAAUAUAUAGGAGGGAAGAAACUGUAAAUAGCUUUGUGAAUAAUUCUUUGGUUAACCUUUACGGGAAAUGUGGGUUACUGAAGUCGGCUAGAUUGGUGUUUGAUGCGAUACCUGAAAUCAAUGCUGUUAGUUGUGUUUCACUUAUUACUAGUUAUAUGCAGUGUGGGGAGAAUGAGGAGGGUUUGAGAAUUUUCUUGAGGUCGUUGAGAAGGGGUGUCAAGGUUAAUGAGUUUUCUUAUGGGAGCAUAUUAGGUGCUUGUGCUAAUCUGGAGAUGUUGGAGGUCGGAAGGCAAGUGCAAUGCCUGGCUCUCAAGUGUGGUGUUAAGAUGGAUCAGUUUGUCUUGACCAGCUUGGUUAAUUUUUAUGCAAAAUGUGGCCAAUUGGAGUUAGCAAGUAGGGUACUGAGAGAGGCAGAUAAGCCGAAUGUGGAAGCUGUGACUGCAUUAAUUGGAGGCUUUGUGCAGGAAGGGAAAUCCAGAGAAGCCAUUGAUGUUUUCCAAGAGAUGCUGUCUGCUGGUACAAAACCAAGUGAGCAGACAUUUGCUGCCGUGCUUGGAGCCUUUGGUAAGGAAAAGGAAAUCCAAGGUGGGGCUCAGCUCCAUUGUUCAAUUAUAAAAAUGGGAUUUGAAUCAUUUACUUUUGUUUGCAAUGCGGCGUUGGAUUUUUAUGCAAAAAUUGACUGCCUUGACGAGUCCUUCAAAAUUUUUUGUGGAAUGGAUGUAAACGAUAUUGUUAGUUGGAAUGCUUUAAUAGCUGGAUAUGUGAACUCAGGCCAUUAUGAAGCAGCAAUUGGAUUUAUAAGGAGCAUGUUGUUGCAGGGGUUUCACCCUGAUAUUUACACCUAUUCUAUUCUCUUAAGUGUUUGUGGUGAUUUACCAGCAACUGAAUGGGGCAAGCAAACUCAUUGCUGCAUCAUAAAACCUGGAUUAGAUUCUAAUGUUGUGGUUGGAAGUGCUCUUAUUGAUAUGUAUGCCAAGUGUGGACGGCUAAACGAUGCUCGAAAAGUGUUCAAUAUCCUUCCGGGUAAGAAUCUGGUUUCAUGGAAUGUUAUGAUUACAGGUUAUGCCCAACAUGGUUUUGGAAGAGAAGCCUUGGAGAUUUAUGACCUUAUGCUGAGGAAUGGAGUUAAACCAAAUGACAUCACAUUCAUCGGAAUACUAUCUUCCUGUGGGCAUGUAGGAGCUCUGGAGGAGGCAUUGCAUCAUUUUGGUUCAAUGACCAACGACUUUGGGGUUACUCCACGACCAGAUCAUUUGGCCUGUAUAGUCAGUCUAUAUGCCCGCAAAGGUCAAACAAAAGGAGCUUAUGAUUUCAUAAGGCGUUUUCCUGGUGAGCCCAAUAAAGUAGUUUGGCGGUGUCUUUUAUUUGGCUGUGUGACUGACAAAGACUUGGAGUUGGCUGUAUAUGCUGCUGAAAAAAUUUUGAGUAUUGAUCCCAAUGAUGCAUCUGUUCAUGUCAUGUUGUCUAAUAUCUAUGCUGAUUCAAAUAUGUGGAGUGAAGCUUCCCAAGUCAGAAAGCUAAUGGAAGGGAAGACACUCAGAAAGGAAACUGGGUAUAGCUGGGCUUGAUUGGGUAAGAGUGAGUUGUUUCUAUCUGCAUGUCAGGAUUUGAAUCCAUAGGGAGAUUGGAUGCGUGAAGUUUUGAGUGGACUGUUAUCCCAACUGUUUCAUGUUGGAAAUGUCCUCAACAGAUCUUGUCAAUGUAGACCAAACAGAAUACGUAUCAUCUCCAUAAGUUUUGCUUUAUGUUUCAAACACCAUAAGUUUUGCUUUAUAUUUGCUGUUUGAAACGCAUGUUGGGGUGCGGGGCUCUCAAAAUGCCUUCAGGAAUGUCGGCAGGCGUGUCUCACGAGGCGAGCAUGCUCAGGGAUUCGCAGCAUAUGGUCGGACUUCUAGAUGUGAGCUUUUUCCGUUGCUAGUCAUUGGAUAAAGUUAGAUCCAAUUAACCUCCCAGUGAUAUAAGAAAUGAAGGAAACAUUUCACUGAACAAAGAAAAAGGCCAAAAAGCCUCUCUAUAUAGGAGAUAUCAAGUUUUUGUUUCUUUGUUUCUUGAAGAGAUGCACACGA